CGAAGGCGGCCGCAGAGCCAAGUCGUGGAGACCACCAAACUGGGACGGACGACAGAGACCCAACGUCGGCCACCUUCCCUCCCAGCGAAGGCGGCCGCAGAGCCAAGUCUUGGAGACAACCAUACUGGGACGGACGACAGAGACCCAACGUCAGCCACCUUCCCUCCCAGCGAAGGCGGCCGCAGAGCCAAGUCGUGGAGACAACCAAACUGGGACGGACGACAGAGACCCAACGUCGGCCACCUUCUCUCCCAGCGAAGGCGGCCGCAGAGCCAAGCCGUGGAGACAACCAAACUGGGACGGACGACAGAGACCCAACGUCGGCCACCUUCCCUCCCAGCGAAGGCGGCCGCAGAGCCAAGUCGUGGAGACAACCAAACUGGGACGGACGACAGAGACCCAACGUCGGCCACCUUCGCAACCCUGANUAG